AUGAAAUUCAACUCUUUACCGUUUUGGGUACUUCUUCUACUACUUUCCGUUGACCUUGUAUGCGCCGGAGCAGAUUAUUAUGAGAUCCUAGGUGUCUCCCGCUCGGCAACAUCACGAGAAAUUAAAAAAAAAUAUAAACAAUUAUCAAAAAAAUAUCACCCUGAUAAGAAUCCCGGGGAUAAAGAAGCAGAACAAAAAUUUGUUCAGUUGGCCCAAGCUUACGAAGUUUUGUCGGAUGAAGAAAAGCGCGCGAUCUAUGAUAAAUAUGGUGAAGAAGGAUUGAAACAGGGUGCAGGAGGUCAGGAAUUUCACAGUCCCUUUGAUAUUUUUGCACAAUUCUUCGGCGGUUCGGGUCACUUUGGCCGUCAGCAAACAGAACGUCAAGGACCAAACGUGGUUAUGGAAUUAGAAGUAGACUUAAAAGAAUUGUACCUAGGAACUCAGCUGGAGGUGGAUGUGUCAAAACAAGUCAUUUGCGAACAUUGUAGAGGUAGCGGUGCGAAAAGCCCUGAUGAUGUGGAAACAUGCAGUACCUGUAGCGGAAAUGGCGUAAAAGUAGUAAAGCAAAUGUUAGGACCAGGAAUUUUUCAACAGUACCAUUCGACGUGUGAAAAGUGUGGUGGGAAGGGUAAAAUCGUAAAGACAAAAUGUCCCGUCUGCAACGGAAAAAAGGUCCGCCGCGCGAAUGAACAAUUAACUGUUGCUGUUGAGGCUGGAAUGGUAGAUGGUGGUACCGUGACCUUUGAGAAAGAAGGUGAUGAAGCUCCAGACAUAAUACCCGGUGAUAUCAUAUUUAAAGUAUAUACACUUCCGCAUCCAACUUUUGUGAGAAAAGGUGAUGAUUUAUAUACAAAGAAAACAAUAUCAUUAAUCGAUGCAUUAACGGGUUUCGAAAAGAAUUUUACACAUCUUGAUGGAAGAACAAUCAUACUAAAACGUGAUCAAGUUACGCAACCCGGUUUCAUUGAAGUAAUAAAAAGUGAGGGCAUGCCUCAAUAUCGAACAAAACAUAAAGGUGACUUGUAUGUGGAAUAUAAUGUAGUUUUUCCCGUGGUGAUAGAUGAUGAAACGAAAAAAGGUGCUUUUUGGAGAUACAAGUCGGAUACCCUUAUCAAUUCACGAACACCAUGA